AGAGAAAAAAAAUAUCUGGUUGCUAUGAAAUGUAGCUAGCAGCUAAAGCUGGCUACCGCUUGACCGUCAGUUAUCAAUGCAACGCUGUGUUUAAAUUACCCAUGUCAAGACAUAAGAAGAAUUUUCCAAGUGUUGUGCUGCUUUUGUGUAACUAUAGUAGCACACAAUAUUCCCGGCAUAUCCAUUGUCAAUUGCAGACCGACUGACUAGACCAGAUAACAUUGGCACCACCAGCCGUGCCACUCUUAUUUCAACACAGGGACGAAACAAAGCCCAGUAGAACAUGAACGGUCUGUCCAUUCGAGAGCUGUGCUGCCUCUUCUGCUGCCCCCCCUGCCCCAGCCGCAUUGCAGCCAAGCUGGCCUUCCUUCCCCCGGAGCCUACCUACGCCCUCCUACCUGACCCCGAUCCAGUUGCCGGCGCAGCCGGGGCGGCCUCCGGGACGGGUCCCGGGGCACCCGCACCUUCUCUGGGUGCCCCGGGCCUGCGCUCCCGGCUGUCUGGCAGUGGAGACAGGGGAGGAGGAGGGGCCGGGGGGGGUGGCGGGGGCGUUGGGGGCAGUGGAGCAGGAGCAGCAGCAGCAGCAGCAGCAGGGACAGGUGUAGCAGGAGCAGGUGGAGCGGGGUCAGAAGCCAGGUGGAAGCUCCAUUUGACGGAGAGGGCAGAGUUCCAGUACUCCCAGAGAGAGCUGGACGUGACGGAUGUGUUCCUGACCCGGUCCAGCCGGGGGAACCGGGUGGGAUGUAUGUACAUCCGCUGCGCUCCCAACGCCAGGUUUACAGUGCUGUUCUCCCACGGUAACGCAGUGGACCUGGGCCAGAUGAGCAGCUUCUACAUCGGCCUGGGCACCAGGAUCAACUGCAACAUCUUCUCCUACGACUACUCGGGCUACGGCGUGAGCACCGGCAAGCCCUCCGAGAAGAACCUCUACGCCGACAUCGACGCGGCCUGGCACGCCUUGCGCUCACGGUACGGCAUCAGCCCCGAGAACAUCAUCCUGUACGGCCAGAGCAUCGGCACGGUGCCCACGGUCGACCUGGCGUCGCGGUUCGAGUGCGCCGCCGUGGUCCUGCACUCCCCCCUCACCUCGGGCAUGAGGGUGGCCUUCCCCGACACUAAGAAGACCUACUGUUUCGACGCCUUUCCCAACAUCGAGAAGGUGUCCAAGAUCCCCUCCCCGGUGCUCAUCAUCCACGGCACGGAGGACGAGGUGAUCGACUUCUCCCACGGCCUGGCGCUGUUCGAGCGCUGCCCCAAGGCGGUGGAGCCCCUCUGGGUGGAGGGCGCCGGCCACAACGACAUCGAGCUCUACAGCCAGUACCUGGAGCGGCUACGGCGCUUCAUCAACCACGACCUGGCCGCGCCGCACGCCUGAAGCAGUGUGUGUGUGUCCGUGUGUGUGUGUCUGGGUGAAAGAGAGGGGUUGUUGGGAUUUGCAAAAGUGCAACAUCUAUGGAUGCUGGUGCACUGAGCACACUUCCUAACCCCCCGCCCUCCCCCUUUCCCCCCUUGACCGCUUACACAAGAACCGUGUGUGUGUCUGUCUGUCUGUGUGUGUGUGUGUGAGGGUGAGUAUGUUAUUGUAUGUGUUUCUUGUUUUGUUGAUUUUUAGAAAUGAAGGACUACUUGACGAUGAUCAUAUCUGGAAUUGGAGAAACUGCAUUUGGACGAGGCCCUCUGCAUGGAGAGACUUUAAAUUGUCACACGUUGGUUGGUGCGUGUGUGUCUGUGUGUGUGUGUGUGUUUUGUGUGUCUUCUUGGAAAGAAUACCUCCAGAGCUCCCUCAGUGAAAAAGAUGACACAAAAUGCUGGUCCAGGCCUGUGUCUCUCCCCCCCCCCCCCUGACUCCCCCUGUGUCUCCUAUUGACUGCCGGGGCAUUUCUAACGUGGCGGUCCACGGAAGGCCAGCUCUUCUCUGUGUACUGGUGUGGUGGAGGGCCACCCCUUAAGGUUUACUCUUUCUUCUUUCCUUUGUUCACCUGAGAGAACAAAGGCCUAGCAGUCUCGAAUGCUUCCAUAACCUGUACGGUGGUUAAAUGUCCUCCUGUGUUUCACCUGUCCCCUAUUUUCCUUUUGGUUCUCCGCCCUUCGGUAAAGGUUAUAGACCAGCCAAGUUCCACCUCAUCUCCUCUGAUUCUGCUGGGACUGCAGAUGCUUCACUGUCCACAAACCCCCAGUGGGUGAAAACCAUUGAAGGAUUGUGGUUUUCACUGUGUACCGUUUUUUUUGUUUACACCAUCACCACCACCUACCCCCUCCUCCACCUCUUCCUCCACCACCACCAUCAAAUAUACCACGUUUCCAAUACCGCAGAUAUGGUAAUCCGCAGAUAUACCGCAGAUAUUGGAAAUCAAACCCAGGGCUUUUAGAGGCAUAUUGACCGGUUUAGAAGCCGUUCCUGUGAAGCUUAUUGAAACACAGAAUAUGAGUUGCAGACUUCCCUGCAAUAGCGCCAGUCCUCUGUGUUUGUGUGUGUGUAUGUGUGUUUUCGGCACAUUAGGCUUUACUGACGUGUGAAGACAGACCACGCUGGUACCAAGGCAGCAUCAAUAUUUAAGUAAACGGUUUAAUUUUUUCCAGUUAUUUUAUUUUUAUUUAAUGUAAAUGAAGAUUGCCUCAUGAGGUUUUUUUAAACAUUUUCUAGAAUCCCGGUGUACAGAUUGGUGGAGGACGUACACGUAGGGACUCUAGUUCAGCUUUUUUUUUUUAGUUCCCUAAGGCGUAACAGGUGUCUGCUCAGUUUAUAACAAACUCUCCACUUCCUUGAUCCUUUUUGUUGAAAAAAAGACGUCUGAUAGUGGUCAUCUCUUCUGCACAAUACGUGCAUCACACUACCAUAUUUUUUCCAUUUCGCCCUCCCGCUCUACUCUGAGAGCUCAUACGCAACCCCUUUGUUUCCCUUAACUAACAGGCAAAGGUAUUCCUCUAUGUCGUAUCACUCACUACAUAUGUACUGUAUUGUAGGGGCCAACAAUGCAUGUCAUUUUUUAAUGUAUUUUUUUUAUGUUGCGAUGUGGGUAUUCUGACCACCAUGCAAAUGAGCUAUGAACUAAGACUUAUAAAAACCAGGAGUACCAGUGCCAGGAGUACGAGCCCCUAGUAUUGUCUGUAUGUGUUUGUUUCUC